CCGGCCCUUCCUGCAAACCCAUCCUGCAUAGAGGAGCCCUGCAUCGGCUUGUGCUCUCCGUAUCUUGCUUCCACCAACGAUAACAGACGCUGCAAAGACGCCAUCCCAGCUUCGCGUGCGCGAUUGGGAAAAAGCUCUCGCCAUCGCAACGCCCCCGGUCCCGCAAUCGGGAACGACAUCAAUGGCCGAGGAUGAGGCUCCCAAGCCACCGGAUCCCGUCGUCCCCGCCUUGACGCGAUCAUCUACGGGUGGCUCGCUCUUGGGCAGGACCUCGUCUUCCAUCAGCUUUCACCGUUCACCGACCACUGAGCGCAUCAACGAGAUCCUCGAGAACGCUCGUGAACGCGCCGAAACAAUGGGCUCCGGCGCCGCACCUCCCAAGUCUCCCCGGGCUCCCGGAAGCCCCGUCAACCAGCACCCGUCUGCGAACUCGGCUCGCCUCCCCAUCCCCGAAGACAGCAGCGCCGACGAGAUGACGGGCAUCAUGUCCCGAGGCUCCGACCUCAACUACCAGGCCAUCCAUACCACAAACACCAACGGCUCUGGGCCUCGCGUCCGCAAGAGCUCCUCCCGGGGCUCCCGCCGCUCACAGCCCGUCUCCAGGCACUCCGACGCCUUCCCACCCACCUCCCUCCCUGAUAUGGAAUACACCCGCCAGGCUAAGCCUGAGGAGAAAUGCCAGCCGUGGUGGAAAGCCCAGCUGCAGAAUUUCCAGUCCAUUGAGCUGGAGAAUAAGGGCAGCGUGGCGCGGGAUCACCUCGCCAUUGAACGGACAUUCCUUGCGUGGCUCCGAACUUCCCUCGCUUUUGCCUCUAUCGGUAUCGCUGUCACGCAACUGUUUCGCCUCAACACAUCCCUUAGCGAGGGUAAACCAAAUAAGAACACAGAAACGCUGCGACAUAUGGGCAAGCCUCUGGGAGCUACGUUCCUCGGCAUCAGUAUCCUGAUUCUGUUCCUCGGCUAUAGGCGCUAUUUCCAAGCCCAACACUGGGUCAUGCAGGGCAAGUUCCCGGCCAGUCGUGGGACUGUGACUAUUGUUGCCUUUGUGGCGUUUGCCAUCAUGGUUGCCUCAUUGGUGGUGGUAAUUGUUAUACAUCCGUCCCCGACGUAGUAGGCGUGCCCUGUAUUCAUUUUCUGUGACAUACUUCGUGAGCAUCAUUAUAUAUGGCAUGGGUUUAGGAUUCUGGGAGCGAUGUUUUGGUCCGGGACGGUAUUGUGGAAUGAUUUAGAUGUUCGAUGCAUAUGUUGGAGGAGCUUUUGAGCGGGGCAUGCGUCAUGACUUUGAUACCAGGGCGGUUGUGCGUAUGGCUGGAACUAAUUCCUACGGCAUGAUUUAAAUGGACUGUUCUAAGCUGCAAUAGCGGUACUAAAUGGUUGUUUGAAUACCC